GAGAAUGGGGGUGGGGUGGCUGCACAGAAGCGGACCGAGGCUCUUGCACCAGGGUUCCUUGAGACCGAAAGCUAGGACCUAUCAAAGCUGUGAACUGGGUCCAGGUGGAUGACACAAUCGAGACGUCAAGCACUAGGGGCGGGUCUGGGCUAGGCCACGCCCGCGCAGGAAGGGGUGCGGCUGCGCAGCCGGGAGGGUUGUUCCAGUGCCCCUCCCCUCCGCUGUCUGCCCCGCCGGGCGGGGACCUGGACCGUGGGAGCUGCCGACUAGCCCAAAUCCAGGAGAGGUUCCAGGAGGACCCUGGUCUGUGCCUGUGGUUGCCAGGUAGACGGAUGUGAAAGACCAGAUCCUCCUGGUUCUCUGGAGGCCACCUCGUCGCUGCUGGCACCAUGUUGUCCCCUCAGAGGGCUUUACUCUGCAACCUCAACCACAUCCACCUCCAGCACGUCUCUCUGGGCCUGCACUUGUCCCGCCGUCCCGAACUGAGGGAGGGGCCCUUGAGCACACCCCCUCCCCCAGGAGACACUGGGGGCAAAGAAAGCAGGGGUCCCUGCAGCGGGACCCUGGUGGACGCCAAUUCCAACAGCCCAGCCGUGCCCUGUCGCUGCUGCCAGGAGCAUGGGCCUGGCCUGGAAAACCGGCAGGACCCUUCACAGGAGGAAGAGGGGGCUGCCUCUCCCUCAGACCCCGGCUGCUCCUCCUCUCUCAGCUCCUGCUCAGAUCUUAGCCCCGACGAGUCCCCGGUCUCCGUCUACUCCCGGGACCUUCCCGGCAAUGAUGAUGCCCACCCUCAGCCCAGCAUUGUUCCCCUGGAGCAGGGCUCCCCGCUGGCUUCGGCAGGCCCUGGCACCUGCUCCCCGGACAGCUUCUGCUGCUCUCCGGAUUCCUGCUCUGGAGCGUCCUCCCCACCCGGCCCUGGCCUGGACUCGAACUGCAACGCCCUGACCACCUGCCAGGAUCUCCCUUCGCCCGGCCUGGAGGAAGAGGACGAGAGUGGGGAGCAGGACCUCCCCACCUCCGAGCUCUCCGAGGCGGAUGAUGGGAAAAUCGACGCCGGGAAAACAGAGCCCAGCUGGAAAAUUAAUCCCAUUUGGAAAAUUGACACAGAGAAAACGGAAGGUGGAUGGAAAAUCACCGAGAACAAUAACUCUGACUGGAAAACCAACGGAAAUACUAAUUCUAGCUGGAAACCCGAACCUGGAAAAGUCGAGGCUGGUUGGAAAACCAACACAGGAAUAACUGAUUCUGGCUCGAAAACAGAUGCAGGGAAAACUGAUGGGGGAUGGAGAAGUGACGUCAGCGAGGAGCCGGUGCCCCAUCGGACCAUCACGUCCUUCCACGAGCUGGCCCAGAAGCGCAAGCGGGGCCCGGGGCUGCCCCUGGUGCCGCAGGCCAAGAAAGAUCGCAGCGACUGGCUCAUUGUCUUCUCGCCAGACACCGAGCUGCCCCCCACCGGGUCGUUGGGCUCUUCCUCCGCACCUGCCCGGGAAGUCACCACCUUCAAAGAACUCCGGUCCCGAAGUCGGGCCCCGCCUCCGCCAGUGCCGCCUCGAGACCCC